AUGGCAGUACGCAGCACAGCGGAGGAGAUGGACAGGCUGCAGCUAUCGGAUGACGAUUCCGAUGACCUCUGGAACUCUCCCUCAAAAAGGCGAAGCAACAAGCCAACUCAUCAUCACAAAGUCCCAGAGGAGCGCAGCACUACACCCGAGACCAGGCCCUCCCACGAUGGGGAGACACUUUUCGAUCGCCAGGAAGCGCGCGAAGCCGCGUUGCGACACGAAUUACAGACGGUCCGAAAUAUCAAUCAAGUGAUCGAAGGACUACUGGGGAGUUUGGAUCGUGCAAAAGGGAAUAUGGAUACUGUUGCGCGCACCGUUGACUCUGCUUCAACUCUACUGAACACAUGGACCCGUAUUCUCUCUCAAACCGAGCAUAACCAACGACUGAUACUCAAUCCCAACUGGCAAGGCGCCAUCCAGGAUGUUGCGGAUAUGGAAAAUGAGGAGCUUCUGCGCCAACAGGCCGCAGAAAGACGCGAACGAGAGCUACAACAGCAGAGAGAGGCAGCAGCACGAAAGGCAGAGGAGGAAGAGAAGAAGAGAGCUCUGGCAGCCAGCGCUAGAGGGACACGUGGGACAGCUUCUAGAGGUAGACUCAAGUACAACAAGAACUACAGCAACCCGAGGGGGAACUUCUACGACGACAUCUACGCGCAGGCCAGUCAGUGGUAUCGCAAGAGGAACUGGGGUCACGCGUGGACGCGGGAGAGCAUAGAGCAGAUGUCUGAUGAUCCUAUUGCUUCAUACAUAAUGAACUUCGCACCCUAUCAGGAUGAGUCGCCUGAGGUCGAACGAGCUCUUUCACCAUCACUAGGCGACGCAAAUCGCAUCAAAUCGCCUAUUCUUCAGUCCCCACGCGGGUCUCCCCCGAUCCCCGGUGUGCAAUCAGGCGGCCUUCCAUCCCCGAGUCAUUUCGCAGGCGGAAAUCAGAUCCACGGCGGACAGGGAAACCCUGGGUAUGGACGAGAUGUUGAGGGUGGAAGAUGGAAUCUAGGAGCCUUUGAAACAAGCCUCCCGAUCCGUAUGGACGUUGAAGCUAUGCUGGCAUAUCUGCUUCUCCCUCCAGCGGGUGGGGUAUUCCUGUUGCUGUUGGAGCACAAGAGCGACUAUGUUCGUUUUCAUGCUUGGCAAUCGAGUAUGCUCUUCACAGUCAUCUUUAUUAUCCAUCUUAUCUUCUCAUGGUCGAGCUUUCUUUCCUGGCUCCUGUUUAUUUGCGACCUCGGCUUGAUCGGAUUUCUGAGCAUGCACGCCUAUCGGGAUGUCGACACGCUUGACUACUUCGAGGUUCCCAUAUUUGGGCGUCUUGCAAACUCCUUUGUGGAUGAUGAGUAG